AGUUUAAAUUUAGACUAAUUAAUGAGUAUAUCAUUUCCUAAGUUUCUUAAACGAAAGUUUGAGGUUAUUUUUACCACAAACAGAAUCUAAAAUUUUAUGAAAUACAUUUAAAAAAAAAACCUUUUUAUUUUUUUUACCAAUAAAAAAAUAAAAUUAGUGGGUGUAGUUUUUAAAAGUUAUAUAUCCACCCUAUUUUUUUUUUUUGAAACGGGUUUGUAAGAUAUGUAUAAUAAAAGACUCAAUAGGAGGUAUUACUUGUUUAAUUCUUAUUAUUUUUAACUACCAUACCAAUUUUUUUAAAUCUGGUUGCAAAAAUAAGUUUUUCACAUAAAAUUUCUACAACAAAUAAGGUAAAAGUAUUCAUUAAAUUAAAAUCAUUAAUAAAUAGUCUAUUUAUAAAUAAAGAGUAUCCAAAUAAAUAUAAUUUUUUUUAUUUUCUUAAUAACUCAACCAAAAAAAAAAUUAUUUUUUAAAUUUUUUUUUUAGAAAAAUAAUUUUUUUUUUUUUUAUUAUUUUUAAAAACAACCUUCAGGUUACUUUUGUUGUAUUUUUAUUUGUAUUUUUAAAAAUCUUUAAAAUAAAUAUAUGUACAAUAUAAAAAGAUAAUAUUAAUAAAACCCAAUGCAAAAUAAUAAUAUAAAUAGUGAAUCUGUUCAGGGAUUUUUGUGUAAAAAAGGAAACAAGUCAUUAUUAUCAUCAGCUUCAUGGAAAAAAAGGUGGUUCAUUUUAGUUAAUGCCCCAACUAAUAGCAAUGACAAUGACAACAUAUUAUUAAAAUAUUACAAAAAUCAAAAUGAUGAAUCACCAAAAGGAUUUAUAUUAUUAUCAUCCAUUGAGUCGAUCGACUCAGUAACUACAGCCGUAACAGUGGCAACAUCAAACUCUACAACUAAUAAAUAUUUUUUUAAUAUUAAAACAAAAAAUAGAAUUUAUAAUUUAUAUUCAGACACCGAACAAGAAAGGGAUUAUUGGAUUUUAAAUUUAAAUAUUUCCAUUGUAAAAUUAAACGAUAAUGAUAAAUCAAUUAAAGAUAGACCAAGAUCAUAUACAUUACCAACACCACAACCAACAUUAAUUGUACAAAAUGAUAAACCUGUAAAUAAUAGCAAUAAUAAUAACAACAAUAAUAACUCAAAACCACCGCUCCCACCAAAGCCUUUACCACAACCAACAUCAUCUCCUUCGUUACAAUCUAGACCACAAUCCCAAACACAAAAAGUAGAACAAAUCCCAAUACCUAAUAGUAAUAAUAUCAACAACAAUAAUAAUAAUAAUAAACCACCAAUUGAGUUUAUUGAAGAUGAAAACAUAAGUUUAUGUGGCGCAAAAAUUAAAGAUAGUCUAAAGAAUCAUUCUAAUGGAUAUAUUACUUGUAUGGUAGCUGUAACUAGAUCAAAGAUAUGGACUGGUGAUUCUCAAGGCAAUAUUGUAACAUGGACAAUAAGUAGAACUGGUGCAACUGAUAAAUUAAAGAAAGGAUCCCAAUGGAAACCUCACACAAGUGUUACCGCAUUAAUUUAUGUUCCAUCUCAAAAACUAGUAUAUAGUUCGGGGCUAGAUAAUAAAAUUUGCUCCUGGAAUAGAACCGAUUUUAGUCCAGUGUUCACACAUAUUAGUAAAUUCCCAAUUUAUGACAUGGUAUUUAGUAAAAAUGAUUUAAUAGUUUAUUGUGGUGGUACAUCAUCUUCAAGCUCAUCCUCAUCACCAAUCGAGAAAUUAACAUCAAAUAUUGCAAAUAAAGAUAAUAAAGAGGUUAAUCUUAGUAAUCUUUCACUAUUCGAUACAAUAACAAAAGAAGAAACGGAAAUACCAUUUUCAGCCUAUUUACCCUCAAUUUUAACAAAUGAUGGCAAAAAACUUGCUAGUCCGUUAAGCAAAAAGAGAAAGUUUAUUAAAAUGGUCAAAUAUGAUGAAAAGAUUAUAAUAUGUACCAAUAGAGCUGAAAUUUUAAUUUGGGCACCAUUCGACAAUGAACCAUGUAAAUUUAUAUCUAUUGGUGAGUCAUUCGAUAUUACAGCGAUGGACAUUGUGGGUGAUACUCUUUGGAUAUGCACAACUCAAGAUAUAAAUGGUAAUAUAUUUUCAACUACACUUCCAUGUGUUAUCACUGUUUUGGAUUUGGCUACAUUAAAAAAAAUUCGAAGUUUUGAAUGCCAUCAUCCAAUCUCAAAUUUCAGUAUUAUUAACGGGUAUGUCUGGGCUAUUACUAGAGGGUAUAUCACUGUAUACGAGCCAUUCACUGGUCAGUUAGCUUAUGAAACCAUUCAGCUUAAAGAAGAUAUGAACUUUUGUUCGCUCUAUCACGGUAAUAUGGUAUGGAUUGGUGGUACUUUUAUUUGGAGAUUUCAAAUCUUUGAUAAUUGGGUCUCUGAAAAUUUAGAAUACGAUAUAACCUCACCAAUUAAAAAAUCAAUGCUAUCAAGAACUGGUAGUCAAACAGUACCAGAUAAAGCAGCGUUAGAACAGGCAGUGGCAUCAUCAGCUAUUAUUAAUUUUAUUCCAAUUCAAGAUUAUACCGAUUUUGAAUACAUUGAAAGCACAUUAAGAAAGCUAAAAGAACGUUUUUCUUUAGAAUAUUCAAACCAACUCUAUGAUAUAUUAUUAACAAUUGGUGAAAACGAUCAACUAAUGCCAGAAUAUCAAACCAUGGUUUGCAAAUGUCUUAGAUACUUUGGUAGAAAUAAAAGUACACUAAUGAGAGAGUUCAUUUUAUCCGAUAACAAUAGACUUGUCCGAAUUGCGCAACUACUGCAAAGCUAUUUAUCAAAUAAAAACAAUCUUGUUUUAAUUUAUGAAUCAUUAAAGGUUAUUGAAUAUUUAGUUUCAAGCUUUGAUAAAUUUUCAAAACUAUUUCAAAUAGAACCAAUAAUUAAAUUUACUACAAAUCAGCCAAAUAGAUUAAUAUUACAAUCAUCACUCAAUAUACUUUAUCGUUUAUUUGAUUUCCAUUCAAAUUUUUCAAGUUCACAUUUAAAUUCAUCAAACUCGACCAACUCUUUAAAUGGAAGUGGCAGCAAAGAUGUUAAUAGCAGCAGUGGAAACAAAGAUUCAUUAUACAACAAUAUUAAAGAAAAGGUUAAAACAUUUAUUUCAUAUCUUUUCGACAGUGCCAUUGAUGACAAAACUAAAACUGCAGUAAUCAAUAUUAUUUCAAGAUACCCAAAUGAAUUAAAAGAACAAUUUAAAAAAGAAUCAAAUAUACAGCAAAUUUAUGAAAUACUAAAUCAAGGUUCAUCACUUUGCUGCAAUGAUUUAAUUGUUUUAUUUAGUCAAAUUUUAAAAGAUUCUAGUAAAAUUAAAGAAAUGGUUUCAAAGAAUUUUAAGCCACUAUUAAAUCUAUUAGAACAAAGGUCAAGUGCAUUCUAUCCAAUGUCACCCUCAACCAGUAGUAAUAGCGCUGCCCCAUCAGCACCAGCAACAAAUGAUAGAUUAAGAAUUUAUUAUUUAAUGACAUCACCAUCAUAUAUUCAAAGGGUUUAUAAUAAUUCAAAUAAUGGUAACGACGGAAAGAAAAUUAGAAAGCAAAUCAUAUCAAGCAAUUUCCAAUCACCAGUUGAAAGUAUUAUAUUUACAUUAAAUUCGAUUUUACAUUCAUUAAAAAGUACUUCGUUCAAGAAUACAAAGAUUACAAUUAUUGAUAUUAUUUUACCAAAAGAAUUUCCAUCAAAUUUGGACAUAUUAAAUCAAUCAUCAAUUGUCAAUGUUAAUUUUGUUAUGCCAACUCAAUGUUUUGUAUCCACCAUCAAAUUCAAAUUCAAUCCAAAAGAUGUAUCAAUUAAACUAUUAUUCGAGAAUGCUUUAUCAUCUGGUGAAGCUACUAUUUCAAAUCUUUCAGUUUCGGGUGAAAUAUUAUUAGGUUUUGAAAUUGGAACUGCCAAACCUCAAUACAUACAGUUUAUUGCUGAACCAGAAAUACUCUUUGACACUCAAACUACUGGCGUAGUAGUAGGUUUUAUAAAUCUAUUCUUCAAAUCAAUAUUAAAGAAAACUAUAAAAUCAAAAUUUGUAGCACCAAAUAAAUUUUAUUUACCUAGUAUUUAGAAAUAAUAAUAAACAAUUUAAAUUUAAUAU